AUGGAUCAAUAUGAUUAUGGAGAUUAGGAAGACUAUGAAGAUUAUGAUUAUUAAGAUGAGGAAUUUUCAAACUACCAAGGAUCGAAUUUAAAAAUAUUAAUGGUGGCUGAAAAAAAUUCAAUUGCUGAAGCUGUGGCAUAUGCGAUUGGAAACAAAGUGAGAGCAAAAAAGGGCAGAUAAGCAUUCUAUUAUUUCUCUGGGAUGUUUAAAGGACAGUAGGCAAAUUUUACAGUGACUGCUACAAAUGGGCAUCUAUUUUCAAGAGAUUUUCCAAAAGAAUAUGAAAAUUGGAAUUCCUGUGAUCCAAUAGAUCUAUUUUAAGCAAAAACAAUUAAGAAGCCAGCAAAUAAAGCAGGUAUAGGAUUAUUGAGGAAGUGUUCAUCAGGAAUAGAUUAUCUAAUUUUGUGGUUGGAUAAUGAUAGAGAGGGAGAGAAUAUUUGUUUUGAAGUUGAUGAGGUGAAGAGCAAAGUAAUUAAUUUAGGCAAUUUAAUUAGAAAAUUGAGAGCAAAGUUUUCAUCAAUAACGCAAACAGAUUUGAAAUAUGCUUACAAUUAAUUGAAUACAGGUCCAAACAUCUUAGAAUCUGAAUCAGUAGAUGCAAGAUAAAUAAUCGAUUUAAAGGUUGGAGUAGCAUUCUCUAGAUUUUAAACUCUUCACUUUUAAAAAAAGUAUUCUAUGGAUUAGAUGGUAACCUUUGGUCCUUGUUAAACACCUACAUUAGGAUUUUGUGUAGAGAGACAUGAGGAAAUAGUGAAUUUUGUACCUAGAGCCUUUUAUACAAUCAAAUUGAGUAUAUUGAAUAAUGUGGGUUACAAAUAAGAAGUGGAAUGGCUGGGACAAUAAAUAUGGAAGGAACCAGAGGCUAAGUAGGUUGUUUAGUAGUUACAAAAAUUUAAGUAAGGAGAUGUCAUUAGUCAAUAAGUUGAACAGAAAUCAAAGCCUAGACCUGAGGGUAUCAAUACAGUCUCACUCUUGAAAUUUGCCUCAUCUUAUCUAGGAUUAGGACCUUAAUAAGCUAUGCAUGUUGCUGAAAGAUUAUAUUUAAAUGGUUAUAUCAGUUAUCCCAGAACAGAAACAACAGCAUAUCCUCACGAAUUUCCAACUCCAAAAAUAAUCAAUAAUUUAUAGAAAUAUAAGGAUCCACUUAUUAGUGAACACAGUAAAUACUUGAAAACAAAUGGGCAUUCAAAUCCUAAAUAAGGAGUUGAUGUAGGAGACCAUCCUCCUAUCACUCCAACUGAAAAUGUGCCAUAAAAUAAUCUUUAUGGCGAAGAAAAGACCAUGUAUGAAUAUGUGGUUAAAAUGUUUUUGGCUGCUCAUUCAAAAGAUUGCAAAUAUGAAAAUCAUACACUCAAAUUUUUUGUUGGUGAUCAUCAAUUUAAAUUCUAAUCCAAAUAUAUUUUGGAUCCAGGAUUCACAAAAGUAGCCACUUGGUUGGCAAUUACUGAAAACAAGAGCGAUUUAACUAAAUUUGUUACCAAUAACAAAGUGCAAAUUGGAUUUGUUGAAUAUUAAUAAGGGUAAACAAGUCCUCCUGAUCAUUUAACAGAAACUGAAUUAAUUACACUGAUGGACAAAUUCAAAAUUGGAACUGAUGCUUCUAUGGCAACACAUAUAAAUAAUAUUUGCGAAAGACAAUAUGUUAAGGUUGAAGGAUCAUCUAGAAAAUUAAAGCCAACUGAUCUGGGAUUAUCACUAGUAAGAGGUUAUAAAAGGAUUGAUCCAGAUCUUGUCGCACCUUAAUUGAGAUCCAGCAUAGAAUCUUAAGUUGAUCAAAUUGCUAAAGGAAAACUUAAAUGUCAAUAAGUCAUAUAAGAUGUCAUACAGAUUUUUACGAAAAAGUACAUUCAUUUUAGAGAGAGAAUCAAUGAUUUUUAACUAGUUUAAUACCAUCAAUAAGGAAUCAAUAGACAAAUUAAAUAAUCAGAUGAAGAAAUCAUCUUAAGUAGAUGCGGAGAUUGCAAUAGAUACUUAGUUUAAUCAAACAAUUCUGCCAUCUGUAAAUAGUGUAUCAAGACUUACCCCUUACUGCCAGACUGUAAAUUUAAAGCAUAUGGAGCUUAUAGGUGUCCAUUUGAUAAAUUUGAAUUACUAUUUUGCACAAGCAAUAAGUCUCCUUUCAAUACCACUCUUCUUUGUCCCAAAUGUUUCAGUUCAUCACCAUUAGUAACAUCCGAAUAAUGCACUUGUAAUAUAUGUCCAAAUGUUGAUUGUGAAAAAUCUAAGGAAUCUAGGAUGGUUGGCAAAUGCAAGAGUUGCAAAAUUGGUGAACUUAUUUUAGAACCAUUCAUUAGUAAAGGAUAACAAAUUUGUUUAUCUUGCAAUGAAUGUUGGUGUCUCUAUUAACUAGUUCCUGCAGUUGUAUAAGUUGAUAUUACUAAAAAUGCUUGCACAGAAUGCUAAUUAAAAACAUUUAAUUUAAUAACAAAAACUAAGGAUAAAGAAGAAGUCAAGUAUAACAAUGUUUGUUUGAUGUGUUAUGAAGAGUUAAAUAAAAAAUUGUUAUAUGCACCCUAUUUAGGAGAAAAGAAAUUUAUGAUCUAGCAAAAAAAACAAGAAUAACCAGUUAAAUAGGAUGAUGUCAAUAAGGAAACCUUUUCCAAAGGACGCAAAAAAUUCUCUAAGAAUCCAAGAAAAAAUGAUAGGCAUGAUGAUGAUCAAUUUACUCAAAAAAAAAAUGAUAAUUCUGAUUGGGCUACUUUAUUACUUUCAUAAUCUGUGACAAAUAAUAAACAAAAGCCAUAAAAUAAACAACACUAAGAUGAGCCUCAAUAACAGUAAUAGCAAUAAUAAUAAGUAAAUGAACCAGGAUUAGUUUUACUAGAAACUAAAAAGAAGAGAAAUAAUUGA